AUGUUCGAAACGGCCACGAAGGGGAGGAGCAAUUGCUCCGCUGAAAUGAGGCCCGUUCCCAUGUUCGAUAACUUUAUCAAGGAAAUUAUUGGAUCGCACAAUGCAAGACGUCGUGCUCAUGGUGUCCCUGAUCUACGAUGGAACGAUCACCUUGCAGCACAAGCACAAGCAUGGGCAGAACGAGUAGCUAGACAAGCACAUAUCACCUAUAGAGAACUCAGUGGAAUUGGAGAGAAUAUCACAUUUUUUCCACGUGAUUUGGACCCUGAAGCAAUAGUCGAGCACUGGUACGAGGAACAUGAAAAGUAUGAAUACGAGACACCAGGCUGGCAAUGUGGAACGAACUACUUCACUCAGGUUAUUUGGAGGGAAACGGAAGAGGUCGGCAUUGGAAGAGCGUUCGUGGAACCUGAUGCCGCUGAAAAUCAUAACAACAAAAGACCGCGGAGUAGUGGGAAAUUGGCUACACCAGGGGACCAAGUGAUCGUUGCAUUCUAUCGCCCGGCUGGGAACAAUAAUCGCGCUGGACAAUUCGCCGUCAACGUUCUAAAACCUUUAAGAAGAGAUGAGUCCGUUGCUGAGUGA